UUUCAGUGAGCAGUUCGACCAAUCGACUUGUGUUGGUUUUUUCCCCCCAAAGUUUUAACUAACCUUCGGGCUUUUAUGUUUGUUUUGCUUUUUGCUCAAUGUAGGAUUAACCUUUAAACCCUUUAGUGUGAGCUUUGAGCUUGAAGGAGAAUUUUGUAUUCUUGGAACGUAUCUUACUGCGACUGCAGGGAUUCAGGGUGACAGAGAAGCGGUAGCUGUUAAGGAUGUUCUGUAGCAGACCAGCUCGACAGCUGACAGUUUGGACCCGCAACGUUUUUUCCCUUCAGAGGCCCAGUGUGCAAGCGAUGGCCCUGCGUGGUAUUGUGGACUCAAAAUCACAGAGGGGUGGAAAGCUUCAAGGCAAGGUGGCCGUGGUCACUGCAUCCACAGAAGGAAUUGGUUUUGCAGCCGCUCGUAGUCUGGCUCAGGAAGGAGCAUCAGUAGUCCUCAGCAGUCGCAGUAGAGAGAACGUGGAGCGUGCUGUAGCUGAACUACGCCAUGAGAAUCUCAGUGUCACUGGCACCACUUGCCAUGUGGGCAAAAGUGAGGACAGGGAGAGACUUGUCAGCAUGGCGGUGAAAGAGUAUGGUGGAAUUGAUAUUUUGGUCACAAAUGCAGCGGUCAAUCCAUUUUUCGGUAAUAUUCUGGACUCCACUGAGGCAGUGUGGGACAAGAUCUUGGAUGUCAAUGUCAAAGCUACAUUCCUGCUGACAAAACUGGUUGUGCCACAUAUGGAAAAACGAGGUGGGGGCUCAGUUGUCAUAGUGUCCUCGAUUGCUGGCUUUCAGCCUUUCCAGUUCCUGGGUCCCUACAGCGUUAGUAAAACAGCCCUGUUGGGCCUGACAAAGGCACUGGCACCUGAGCUGGCUCCUCUGAAUAUCCGUGUGAACUGUGUGGCACCAGGAUUGAUCAAAACAAAUUUCAGCGCUGCUCUGUGGAAAGAUGAAAAUGUCAAAGAGGAAUUUUUGAAGAAUGUAAGCAUGAAGAGGAUUGCUGAACCCAAGGAAAUUUCUGGAGUGAUCUCUUUCUUAUGUUCUGAUGAUGCCAGCUACAUAACUGGAGAAACCAUAGUUACAGCUGGUGGAAUGAACGCACGAUUGUAGACUGAAGAUGACUUUUUAUCAGUAUGAUUUUUUUUUUUUUUUUCUUGAAACGUUAAUAAAAUACAGACAUUGUG